UUUUGGAUGCUGUACAAGGGUUUGACAUGAUCUCAUUAGUGUUAUUGUGUGUCAUAAUUCAUAUGAGGAUGUGUCUGCCAACAAGUUGAACGUUAAGCUAAAAACUUCCCCCUUCGCUCAAACGAGGAUAAGGUUUCUGCAUCUCGUAAAAGUCAUAUAUUAUUCAGACUGGAUAGUGGGGCGCUCUGCGAAAGCCACAGAGGUUUCGAGUCGGAGUGGAGGAGUUGCACAAACGCCUCUCUGUUGAUUCCACUGCAAGGGCUAACGCGGUGCGGAAGAUUGGUGGUCCAUGGGGGAGGUCUUGAAGAGGAGGCCCAUGAUCGCUGGCAGAGAGCGGGGACCAGGUCCAGGACGCUAUGCUCUGCCUCCCACAAUUGGCUACAUUGGCCAUGACUACACCAAGCCCAGCAGCCCGGCCUACUCUUUCCACAGUCGCAUGAGCAGCAAUAUGCUAUCUGUAGACUCCAGCCCUGGCCCACAGUAUCACAUUGAUGCGAAGAUUACUCGCUUCGGUCGAGAUGGCACUCCCUCCUACUCUAUGCUGGGCAGGAAGAAGAGAUCAGCUGAGCUGUUCCAGACUCCAGGCCCAGGGGCCUACAGCCCGGAGAAAGCACCGCCCCUGAACCUCCACUGCAGACCCCCAUCCUACUCCAUCGGCUCGCGCACGCGCUACCGUGCCACGGACACCGUGCCCGCGCCCAACUCCUACACUCUGCCCUCCCUCAUGGGCGCCCACGCGCCCAACAAGCCAGCCAGCCCCUGCUACUCUAUGUCGGGCCGCUUGAAAACGGGCGCGCCGUCGGAGGACCUUGCCAUGACGCCAGGCCCCGGGAAGUACAACAGCACGGCCCCAAGUGUCUACCUGAACCGCCAGCCAUCGUUCUCCAUGCAGAGCCGCUCAUCCAUCCCCAGUGCUGCCUCCCGCACGCCCGGCCCGGGCACGCACAGCUCGGAGAGGGUGGUGGCGCACCUGCCACGGCCACCCUCCUUCUCUAUGGGCAUCAGGCACUCUGAAUUUGUCACUCCACUGGUGGUUGAUGUGUUAGAUUGA